AUGUCCGAGUCGUCCACAAGGCGGUUGGAGUACAUAGCCCGCGCUGAUCAUACUGGCCUGAUUCAAUCACGAAAUGCUGCAUAUCUUGUGUCUCUACAACAGACAGAGAUAUUCCGUGCACAGUGCGACAGAUACAGCCAGCUCAUCGAGAAACUCAUCAUGCAGAUACCUCAGCUCAUUGCUCUCAAUGCCGAAUCACCCGAAGUCUCAAAGUUCAUGCCUGCGUCAUCCAGCACACAUGCUCCUAGCGGUGUUGCACCGUGGGCGCACACCCAACCAACGCCUCAAGCCAUCCACUUCAAGGUCUACAAAGACUGGAGGUUGUCGAGUGCAAGUAGUGGUACAAGCGGACAACAUCCCAUCUCCGAGAAUGUUGCACAGAAGUAUAUCAAGGAUGAACAUGGUGUCGCAGUUGAUGGUCGUUUAGACGCAUGA